AGGAAACGAGCUUGAGCUGGAUAUACUUUGCGCCUCUCCUAUACUACACAACUACUUGACCAUGGUGUUUCUUGCUGGAAAAGAGGUUACCCAGAAUGGGUUGGGUCUUAUGCGUUUCACUUGGGUGAACAACGUGACUCCGGAUGAACAGGCAUUCAAAGUCCUCAAGACGGCGUUGGCUGUCGGUGUCAAUGUAUGGAAUGGGGCAGACUUCUAUGGAACCCCUGACGAUAAUUCGCUGCAUCUCAUGAACCGCUAUUUCACUGCCUAUCCUGAGGAUGCGGAUAAGGUUGUUCUAACGAUCAAGUCCGGCCUGGUGGAUAUAAGAACCUUCUCGCUGGAUUGUUCGCGUGCAGGCCUUCGUGGGUUUGUGGACAACGCCAUUAAGAUCUUGGAUGGCAAGAAGAAAAUUGACAUCUUCGGCUGCGCAAGAGUUGACCCCAACGUCCCGGUUGAAGAUAGCAUAAAGGCACUGGCCGAACUGAAGGACGAGGGAAAGAUUGGGGGCAUUCAGCUGACAGAGGUGAAGGCUGACACCAUCCGUCGUGCAGCGAACGUUGCAAAGAUUGACAUGGUUGAGGCGGAGGUCAGCCUUUGGGCGACGGAUAUCUUCCGCAAUGGUGUUGCAGAGACGUGCGCGGAGCUUGGUAUUCCGAUCAUAGCGCAUUCACCGCUAGGGGCUGGGAUGUUGACUGGCACGAUAAAAAGCACUGCUGACUUUGCAGAGAACGAUCAUCGUCGUUUCUUCCCUCGUUUUCAUCCCGAUAACCUUUCGAAGAACCGUCUUCUCGUGAUCGAGCUGGAGAAGCUCGCGGUUUCGAAGGGAUGCACUGCUGCGCAACUGGCCUUGUCAUGGGUUAAAGCACAGAGCAAAAAGCCUGGGAUGCCGUUUUUUGUGCCGAUUGCUGGUGCACGAUCAGAAGCGAGAGUGGUUGAGAAUGUGAAGGAUGUUGACUUGACCGAUCAUGAUCUUAAGGAGAUUGAUGCCAUCCUGGACAAAUUCCCAGUCACAGGGGAGAGGUUUCCACCUGCGGGAAUGAAGUUAAACGAGUACUAGAAUGUCACAAGUUGACGAAGCUGGGAUACCUUUGUACUGCUC